AUGGCGCUAUUGUCGAGGAAUCUAGGUUUACUACAGAUGCGUAACGCGCUACCUAGCGCUUCAAGGUUCUUACGACAUCAGGAAGCCUUGAUGGUAUCUUCGAAGUUCAGAGGUAAUACAUACACUCAUAGAUCAUUUCACUUUUCUUGUAAACAGAUGUCUGAAUAUGAGCAGGAGAAAGUUAUAAUCGAUGAGAUCAACAAGACUCUAACUCCGGAGGAUGUUGAUCAUGCAAGAAAGUUAAGAAAUAUCGGUAUAUCCGCACAUAUUGACUCAGGUAAGACUACUUUCACUGAGCGUGUGUUAUACUAUACAGGUAAAAUCAAGGCUAUUCAUGAGGUGAGAGGUCGUGAUAAUGUCGGUGCAAAAAUGGAUUCUAUGGAUUUAGAAAGAGAAAAAGGUAUCACUAUCCAAUCUGCUGCUACUUACUGUUCCUGGGAUAAAGAUAAUGAAAAUUACCAAUUUAAUUUAAUCGAUACACCCGGUCACAUUGACUUUACUAUUGAAGUCGAGCGUGCUUUAAGAGUAUUGGAUGGUGCUGUGUUAGUUGUUUGUGCAGUCUCUGGUGUUCAAUCCCAAACUGUUACCGUGGAUAAUCAAAUGCGUAGAUAUAACGUACCAAGAGUUACAUUUAUUAAUAAAAUGGAUCGUAUGGGUGCUGAUCCAUUCCGUGCUAUUGAACAAUUAAACUUAAAGUUGAAGAUUCCUGCUGCUGCUGUCCAGAUCCCCAUUGGUAGCGAGAGUGAGUUGAAGGGUAUCGUCGAUUUAAUUAAUAAUGAGGCUGUAUUCAGUGAGGGUUCCAAUGGUGAAAUAUUGAGAAAAGCACCAAUUCCAACUGACCUAGCACAAUUGGCUUCGGAAAAGAGAAAGUUACUGAUUGAAACAUUAGCUGAUGUUGAUGACGAAAUGGCAGAAAUUUUCCUAGAAGAAAAAGAACCAACAGUAGAAGAGAUCAAGGGUGCUAUUCGUAGAGCCACAAUUGCUAGAAAGUUUUCUCCUGUGUUAAUGGGUUCUGCUUUGGCCAAUACUGGUAUUCAACCCGUUCUAGAUGCUAUUGUUGACUAUUUGCCAAAUCCAUCUGAAGUUUUAAACACUGCCCUAGACAUUGCUCAUGAGGAGAAAAAAGUUGAUUUAAUUCCAUCUACACACCAACCAUUUGUUGGGUUGGCAUUUAAAUUGGAAGAAGGUAAGUAUGGCCAGUUAACUUAUAUUCGUGUUUACCAAGGUCGUCUAAGAAAGGGUUCGUUUAUUACAAAUAUUCAAAAUGGUAAGAAGGUUAAGGUAUCAAGACUAGUGAGAAUGCAUUCUGAGGAAAUGGAAGACGUCGACGAAGUAGGUUCUGGUGAAAUUUGUGCUACAUUUGGUAUUGAUUGUGCAUCUGGUAAUACCUUCACUGACGGUACUGUCCAAUAUUCUAUGUCUUCCAUGUACGUUCCUGAUUCUGUCGUUUCUUUGUCUAUAAGUCCAAAGGGUAAGGAUUCUACAAACUUUUCCAAGGCUCUGAAUCGUUUUCAAAAGGAAGAUCCUACAUUUAAGGUUAAGUUUGAUCCAGAAUCUAAGGAAACUAUUAUCUCUGGUAUGGGUGAAUUACACUUAGAGAUUUAUGUUGAAAGAAUGAAACGUGAAUAUAAUGUUGAAUGUGUAACAGGUAAACCUCAAGUAUCCUACAGGGAAUCCAUCUUAUCAUCUGCUGACUUUGACUACACGCAUAAGAAACAAUCAGGUGGUGCUGGUCAAUUUGCGAGGGUUAUGGGUAACUUAACUCCUGUAGAAGGUGAUAAGAAGGCCAACCUUUUCGAAACUGCCAUUGUCGGUGGUGCUAUUCCUGAAAAGUUUUUGGCAGCCUGUAAUAAAGGUUUUGAUGAGGCCUGCGAGAAGGGUCCUCUGAUCGGUCAUAAAGUAUUAAAUGUGAAAAUGUUGAUAAACGAUGGUGCCAUCCAUUCUGUGGACUCUAACGAAUUAGCUUUCAAGACUGCCACAAUUACUGCCUUCCGUAAUGCUUUCCUAAAAUCUCAACCUGUUAUUUUAGAACCUAUCAUGAAUGUUUCUGUAACAUCUCCAAAUGAAUUCCAAGGGAAUGUAAUUAGUUUACUAAACAAAUUACAAGCCGUUAUCCAGGAUACAGAAAACAACCACGAUGAAUUUACAUUGAAAGCAGAAUGUCCAUUAAGUUCAAUGUUUGGAUUUGUUACUUCGUUAAGAGCAUCUACCCAAGGUAAAGGUGAAUUCUCGUUGGAAUUUAGCCAUUAUGCACCAACUCUUCCAAAUGUACAAAAAGAAUUAAUCGCAGAAUAUAAAAAACAACAAACCAGCAAAAACUAA